AUGGUUCUGAAUCUGUUCACAUUAGCUUUGGCAGCCGCCACAUCCGCGGCAGUGCUCCCUGGACUACCAACUGUUCCUUUUGAGUUGGACGCCGAUGGGAAGUCAUGGGAGUUGUCGGGCCUCAGAUCAGUAGUGGUGGACAGUUCAUAUGCGGAUGCGAGGAAUGAAAAGGGAAUGACCCUCAUUCCCCCUAAUCUAAGCGGCUUUGCCAAUACCUUCGCAGAAGAUUUGAAGGACGCCCUCGGUCAUGAAGUCACUGUUGAACUCGGAACUACCGGGGGCUCUGAUAAGUUGUUUCUAACUUUAGGCGACGAGUCUGAAUAUCUUGACGUGGCUGGACGCGAAACUUCAGAAGGCUACACUCUUGAUGUGGGAGCAGAUGGCGUUGUCAUCACCGGUGCCAGUCCCCUUGGAGUUUGGUGGGGGACGCGCACAUUUAUCCAACAGGUACUACUUGGAGAGGGCAAAAUUCCCUUCGGCUCAGGCAAAGAUAGCCCAGGAUGGGGUGAGCGCGGUGUCAUGCUUGACGUGGGACGUCAUUAUUAUCCACCCGAUUUUAUCAUCGAGCUGUGCUCUUACAUGUCAUUCUUCAAGCAGAAUGUCUUUCACAUUCAUCUCAGCGACAAUCUUUAUAACAAUGUCAAAAUAUAUGGGUACGAGCGACAGAUGAGUCUAUACUCUGCUUUCCGACUCCUUUCAGAUGACCCCGCCGUUGAAGGUCUUGCGAAACGCCAAAAUGAAUCUUAUACAAGAGAAGUCUGGGAUGAUAUCCAGAGUAAAUGCGUCUCUAGGGGUGUCACACUGCUGCCGGAGAUCGAAAGUCCGGGCCAUUCCCUUCCGAUCUCCCAAUGGAAGCCAGAAAUAGGAAUGAGCUCCGAUUACAGUCUGCUGAAUAUCUCUCAUCCUGACACCAUCCCAACCGUGAAGACAAUCUGGAAGACGUUCCUGCCUUGGUUCCAGAGCAAGAUGGUACACAUUGGCGCUGAUGAGUACAGGGAUGAAUCUCUAGAUGAUCUAGCACUUGCUAAGGAGUACACGGCAUUCUGCAAUGAGAUGAAAGAUUUUAUAAAGGAGGAAUCUGGAAAGAACAUGCGCCUCUGGGGCACAUUUCCGCCCUCCAAAAAUGGGGAUGUCGACCGUAACGUCUCAGUUCAGCACUGGGCAAACUUUGAAGCCCUUGCUGGUGAAUGGCUUAACAGCGGUUACCAGGUACUCAACUCAUGGGACUCUGUCUACAUCGUAGGAAAAUGGAACCAGUGGUAUGGGCAACAGCUCAACCUUGAUUUCCUAUUCCACGGAGCGCCUGAUAAAAAGCCUUUUUCUCCGAACAUCUUUGAUUCGAGCAACGCCACGGCUAACGCUAAGCGAGAGGAUGGGAGAAUAUACGGUCACAUCGCUCCGCAAUGGAACGACUACGGACCCAACGCCACCACGGUAUUGGAGGCGUAUUACAGCUGGCGUGAUGGCCUUCCUGCUUUAGCCGACAAGCAGUGGGGAGGGGAGUUGACGGCAGAUGAGUACCCAGGUUUGUUCGCCGCUAUUCAACCGCAUGUUCCAGCUCAGAACCUCGAUCGUCGAGUCAAGACGAAGACUUCAACGAUCAUCGACAUCAACUUUUCUAGUACUCGCUACUGCGAAGGGAAAUUCAAGGACUCGUCUGGCAACGGGUAUGACGUGACCACAAAUUGUGCCAAUACCGCAGAAGGCGUUCUGCUUGAGCCAGGGUGCGAGGUGACAACUCCACUCGAGUCUAAAGGCAGAAACUAUACCCUUUCAUUCAGUGUCAAGCCCACUUCAGAUGCAAAGGGGCCUAUAUUCACGGGCAGAGACAGUGCACUGUGGUACGGCAACGGGACCGUCGACAGUGUCAUGAUGUUUUCCGGCGAAAGCGUCUACGCCCUCAACUACACCUUCCCAGUUGGGGAAUGGACCAACGCCACGUUGAGAGCACAAGGAACACGGACGUAUCUAGACGUGGGAAGUGAUGCUCCAAGGGAGUUCCUCACAGUCAUCGGAUGGACCGGGGACAAAUUUGUGUGGGACAAGAUGGCCUUUGAAGCACCUAUUGCCAAGAUUGGAGGUGGAGAAUUCCAGGGCCUGAUUGGUGGUCUGAAACUGGUCGAUAUUGAUUUCUGA